AUUGUGAUUUGCAUUAAAACAAAUUACAAAAGUUUACUUUCUUCAAAAUAGUUUAAGUGUUUUGGAUUUAAGUGCACUUUUCGGCUACAUCUUUUUGAAAAUCAUAAUAUUCAUUCAUCUACACUAUCUUUUUGAAAUGGGAAGAUCACCUUGUUGUGAUAAAAGUGGACUCAAAAAAGGUCCAUGGACCCCUGAAGAAGAUCAUAUGCUUAUCAACUACAUUCAAACUCAUGGACCUGGAAAUUGGCGCAACCUACCCAAAAAUGCUGGUCUUCAAAGGUGUGGCAAAAGUUGUCGUCUUCGAUGGACGAAUUACUUGAGACCCGAUAUCAAGAGAGGAAGAUUCUCCUUUGAAGAAGAAGAAUCAAUCAUUCAACUUCAUAGUGUCCUUGGAAACAAGUGGUCAGCUAUAGCGGCAAGAUUGCCAGGACGAACAGACAAUGAAAUAAAGAACUAUUGGAACACACACAUUAGGAAGAGGCUACUUCGAAUGGGAAUUGACCCUGUUACUCAUGCUCCACGUCUUGAUCUACUUGACAUCUCUUCCAUCCUUAGAUCAGCUUUAUUAGGGGGAACCAAUCCAAAUUUUCUGAACAUAUUAAGUGGUGCUCAAGCUUUGAUGAAUCCAGAGUUGUUAAAGCUAGCUACCCUGUUGAACUUGAAGAAUGAAAAUAACACAAACUUGGUUUCACAAAAUCAACAACAAAUCAAUAAUGUUGCUAAUUAUUGUACUCAACAACAAUUACAAAGUCAAGUUUCACCACAAAUUCAGUUUCAAAUACCAACUCAAACCAACAACAAUGUAGAUAAUGGCUUAUCAAGCAAUUUAAUAAGCAACAUGAGUUGUUCAAGUUCAGCACAAAAUUCAAAUCCUUGUUUUUUUGGGGAGGAUUUGAUUUCUCGACAAUAUUCAGAAUUGGUACAUUGCCUUAACGACACAAACAAAAGCAAUAUGGAAUAUGAAUCUGUUUUGUCUACGCCUUUGUCGACACCAACACCGUUGAAUUCAUCGUCAACUUAUGUGAAUAGCAGCACAGAGGAAGAAAGGGAUACAUAUUGCAGUGACAUAUUCAAGUUCGAAAUUCCAGAGAGUACUUUGGACAUUAAUGAUUUCUUGUAAAUAUGUGUGUAGUAUAUCAUUGUGUUUGUAUACUUCUAGAUAGUUUGUUUGCAUAUUCAUUAUUCUUGUGUUAUUUCAUUUUUUGGAAAGUUCGGAAUAAUUUGUUGUUGUGGUUGUUUUAUUUGUAGUUGUCAAUGUUCCGAUGAUAAUAAUAAUACGAUUUGUAUUACUUUAUUAGUGUGACAUAUUUCAUCUAAA